CUAUUUGGUGGCUAAGGCUUGGAAAGUGUAGUUUUGAAUCAAUACGAAAACAAUUUUAGUAAGUUCAAAUCUUUUGCUGGAAACAGACGUUUUAGCUGGACAUACAAUUUUGCUUUAAAACAUAAAACCAUCUAGAAACAUGCCAAUUAAAUUGUAUGGUUUGUCCGACGGACCUCGUACCAUUGCCGUAAUCAUGACUUUGAAGGCUCUGGACAUUCCCUACGAGCUUGUCAGUACCAGCUGCCGUUUGGGUCAACAGAAGACUGAAGCUUUCGCUCUGAUUAAUCCCCAAAAGGAAAUACCUGCCUUGGACGACAAUGGAUUCUAUCUUCAAGAAACAAUCGCAAUUAUAAUUUAUUUAUGCAACAAAUAUGCUCCAGAUAGUCCUUUAUAUCCAAAAGAUCCUGUUGCACGUGCAAUAGUCAAUCAACGUUUGUGCUUCAAUAUGGGUUACUAUUUGACCACAAUUGGAAUGUAUACAAUGGGAACAAUGUUGUACGAUGGAGAGAGAUCUCCGGAACUUUUGAAGAAAGUCGAGAAUUCAUUGAAGGUCUUUGAAAUUUAUUUGGAACGUUCGAAUACGAAAUAUGCUGCUAGUGAUAGAUUGACUGUUGCUGAUUUUGCUCUAAUCGGGACGACAUUAUGCUUGGAGGCAAUUAAGUUUGAUUUGUCAGCUUAUCCAUUAAUUAGCAAGUGGUAUGAGACAUUUAAACAAGAAUAUCCAGAUUUGUGGCAAAUUGGUAAUGUUGGUUUGAUACAAUUGGAUUGGGUUGAAAGGAAUUUGCCGGAACCGAUUUUGAAAUUGGAAUAGUAAGAAAAUCUAGAUGGAAUGGGAAUCGUUUACAUUGUUUUUGUGUUUAUUCAGUAGAAUGUAUAAAAAAGUUGAAAGAAAAUAAAUUUUUUAAAAUAAUCAUUUAAAGAAAAAAGAAAUGAACGAACUUAUUGGACC